AAAUGAAGCAACUGGAUAUUUUUCUACUUGUCAAAUGUAUCGUGUAGUUAAUUAAGAAGAUUUUUUAACAGUAAAAUAUAUUUUAAAAAAACGUAUUGUGUGACUAAGGAGACAAAAGAAUCUCUCAUAGGUAAGAUUGAUUAUUUGUCUUAGCAAAUUUAUCAUUAAUAAAAUGUAGGCACAUCAAUUUCCGAUCAAUUAAUCUUUUCUUGGAAUUGUAUCCUAUAUUAUAAUGCCACUUAAUUUAGUUUAUUAAAAAUCAAUUUAAAAGCCAAAUAUUCAUCAACUUAAUAAGGGAUGGGGGAAAAUGUCUCAGGCAGAGCAGGGGCGUACUUAGGGUAUUAUGCGCCCUAUUAGCCAGCGGUGGGGGCAUGGGCGCCCGCAGAAAACUUUCGAUUAACUUUCCAGGGGGGGGCAAAAAAUUUUUAGUAAUGUUUUAAUGUAGUUUUAAUUUACGGUAGCGUAUUUGUAUGGUGAACGAACGGACAGGACCUCAGCUUAGUUACUUUCUCUUUAUUUUCUCUUUACUUUAAUACAUUUUUUGUCUAUUUUUGUCUAAAAUUUGUAUCCAAUCAAUCUAAGGGGGGCAAGUGCCCCCCUUGCCCUAUCUGUGGGCGCCCAUGGGUGGGGGGUAGAAUCAUUUUUUAAAUAUGCAUUAGCAAUUGCUCAAUUUGGGGCUACUUGUAAAGUCUUAGGAGUGGAUAAUUAAGAAUCCCGUUUAAUUGCAUUCCAAGUAAAAUUUUAAAAAAUAGAAUGCUAUAUUGAGUGUAUUAGAGACUGACUGAAAGUGAUUUUCUGAUUUCGGCCGAUAUCGAGACUAGACCGAAAGUUAAAAAUGACUUUUGGCCGAAACCAAAAGCUUGAUGAGACUUUCGGCCGAAACACAAAGAUGUAAAAAUUUCAAACUCGUUUUCGCACACGUUCUGCGCACCGCGGAAAAUGACGGAUCAACUUCUCUAGUAAUGUUUAUUUGUCUCAAGUGACGCUUAUACAAUUUACACAAGGAAGUGACCCCCCCCCCACACACACACCCAACCCCACCCCAGUGUCACUUUGACCAUCGGUAAGCUAAAAACGUCUUAAGUAUUUUUUUUAGCCAACCGAACUUACUGGGACCUAAACAUCCCUGCUUACUGGGACCUAAACAUCCCUGCUUACUGGGACCUAAACAUCCCUGCUUACUGGGACCUAAACAUCCCUGCUUACUGGGACCUAAACAUCCCUGCUUACUGGGACCUAAACAUCCCUGCUUAAGGGGACCUAAACAUCCCUGCUUACUGGAACCUAAACAUCCCUGCUUACCAUCCGAAUUGGGUCGGGAUUCACUUUUGAAUUAGUCAAUUGACCAUUUUCUUUGACAUGUUCCAUGUUCAAUGUUAGCCCUUUCAGCUUGUCAUCACUCACACACACACACACAAACACACACACACACACACAUUACCGGACAGAACACAUAAACUUGACCACUUGUUUAUAUCUUCACUGUGAACAGCUCUCGAUCACAAUCCAUAUGAGAUAUUUUAUAUUCUUUCAUCUUAUUGUUACAGUCAAAGUUUAUAGAAUGCCUAGGCAAGGUGUAUAAUGGCAGAUGUCUUUUACACUUUGACUAGGCCUUUUAUAGAACGACUGGAUUACACACUUCGCCUGUAACAGUUCAAUACAUGAAUAAAUCUAAUAAUUUUGUUUUUUGUAAUGUAAUUUUAGAAUACAGAAAUCAAUAUCACACCAAAAAUUUAAUUUAAGCUUACUUCCACCCAAUACUCGGCCUACAAUAUAAAAAAAAAAUUGGUACAGUAGGUUUGAAGUAUAUAGCCUAAUAAACUAAUACUGCUAUAUUGGGUUUUUUUAUAACUUUCUUAAAAGCCUAAUUUAAGUUAGUAUUUUUAUUAUCUAGUUAAUAAUUAAUUUUGAUUAAUUGCUAAUAAGUGCAUUGUAUAUUCAAUACUUAGCCUACUUCAUGUGUGUCUUUACUUUUACUUUUAGUCUUAGUGUUAUUUAGUAUGAUAUAGGCCCAGGGCUAUUAUCGUUUGUUAUAGAAUUAUAAUCAAGUGAAUUGUAAAAUUAUUGCCAUAACAGUCAAUGACUUGUUUGAAAUUGGGUAAAAUAUAAAUUAGGCUUUAAAAUUUGUGUUAAAAGAUGAAAUAUAUAAGACUCAACAUCAUAAUAAUUAUGGUUUUUAUUAGUACAGGUUAGUACAUGUUAGCAUAUGUUAGUACAUGUUAGUAUAUGUUAGUACAGGUUAGUACAGGUUAGUACAGGUUAGUACAGGUUAGUACAUAAAAAGAAUAAAAGAAUAAUUUUAAGAGUAAUAAAGGAUAUGUUACCGUUUUCCUAGGAUAUUUUGUUGACAAAACUAUUGAACUUUGACCUAUUGACCUUUGACCUAUUGACCUAUUGACCUUUGAAUAGGACAACAUUGAUGAGCAAGAUAAUGAUAUAUCCAAAUUUCUGUCACAAGUGAAUGAUUUGAAUAAACCUAAGGGUCUCAAUUUAACACAUACAAACAUUAAAACAAAAGUAAUCAUAUUAAUAUGACCAUGCCCUAAGUUUGUUUUUGUGACAGAACUAUUUGCUUUCACACCGUGUAUAAAUGUCAUUUUUGGAAAUAUUAGACAAGUCACCAUGCAGCUGUCAAUAGGAAGAGUGAAUAGUAUUUGAUGCAUAUUAUACGAUGACAGCAAAAAGUCGCGCAAAAAAAAUGAAUAUCGGAUUGCCAGUUGACAGAGUGACAAUCUUACAUCUGGUAGAAUACCGAAGGUUUCAUUCACUUUUCGCUGAAACCGAAAAUAAACCGAAAGUUAACUAUUAUUGCACAUUCCAGCGAGUUUUUUUUUUUUUUAGUCAAAGAAAAUAAAUUUUUAGCAUGCAUUCAGUUUCUGGAUCCAGCUCGGAAUGUGGCUAUUUAAAGAAGGCCUGUACAACAUACGGCCCGCGGCUAACACCCAAAACCGAAAAUAAACCGAAAGUUAACUAUUAUUGCACAUUCCAGCGAGUUUUUUUUUUUUUUUUAGUCAAAGAAAAUAAAUUUUUAGCAUGCAUUCAGUUUCUGGAUCCAGCUCGGAAUGUGGCUAUUUAAAGAAGGCCUGUACAACAUACGGCCCGCGGCUAACACCCGCACAAGUGUUUCCUAAAGUAUAACGGCACGCCUUAGCUUUUGAGUUGUGCAGGUCUGAUUUAAAACAAUGUACUCAAAAUGACUUUUAUUUCAUUUCUUUUUAAUAAUAUUUAAGACUUCUGAGUAUGUUACCCGGUUUAUUAUAAUGUAUUUCAUAUGUUCGUUUGAGUAAUAAAUUAUUAUUAUUGUUUUAAUUUGUGUGCAUAUCAAAUUAAAUAAGCAGGUCAAAAAUAUUGAAUUAAAAAUCAUGACACCUUUUGUGUGCGUAAUUAGAUUUUAUGGGUGGACGCCCCCCCCCCACCCCACCCCACCCCUUAUCCCCUAAUUCCCUUGAACAAAAUGAAACUCACUGUGCUCCCCACAGAUGAGAAGCUGCCACUUUGAAAAAAUGAGUUUUUUUGUUCCCCCCUUCAAGUGGGGCCCGGGGCAUUUGCCCUAUCUGCUAUACCUUAGGUACGCCACUGAAGCAGAGACGCUUUAUUUUUCCAACGAAAAAGUUAUUAUUCUAAUUUAUUAUUGGUGUCUCUUUUUAUUAACAGUUCAAUUUCAGCCCUAUUGUCAUCCCCAUACAGCGAGAUUGGAGCCUUAAAGUUUGACCCUGGGGCUGGGAAGAAAUAUCGAGCGUUUUCACUUGACCUCUUCUUAUUCAUACAUCACAAGCUUUUUAUGUUACCGGCAUUCCAGACAAUAACGAAAUCGUCAUGUCGUCCACAUAUUUUGCUACGCUGUUAAGCCUUGUUGGUGCUUUGAUGACCGUUGGUCAGUGUUCGUUUCUUCUCACCACAAGCCCUCUGAAGUCAGGUCCUGACUUAGCGAGCAAUGUGACUUUUGGAUGCAGAUACUGGGGUGAUGAAAGCACGAGUGCUGUCAGCAAGGUGCUCAAAAUGUCCAUACUGAGGAGAACCAGCCCGAAAGAUGACCCCGUUGCGGUGGGCGCGCUCAGCAACAAUCAGACCGUUAUCACACUGAAUGACCCGACUGCCCCCAACGUCACGUGCUAUCUGGGCACGUUAGUGGACUCGUACCUGAGCAUCACGUGGCGAGCUGUUACUCUCGAGGUGUUCGGACAAUUCGUGUGUGAAGUUCAGGGUGUGGGGGCGUCGGGGGGCGGGGUGACUGAGCGGUCACCUGAGGUCAAAAUAAGCGAGCCGAAUCUGACGUCCAGCGAUGUUAUAGAGCUUAUCAUUAGAGAUAGAGUAGACCGAAAUUCGCUGAUGGCAGACAUUGAGAAGAACUAUAUAGAGAAGAUCAAAGUGCUCGAAGACAAAGUAGCGAACUUUACGAAUGAUGUGGCCAGAUUUGCUGUGGAAGAGAACGAUCUGAAGGCAAACUUGGACACUCUUGCAGAACACCCGAUGCUCCAGUAUUGGCCAGAAGGCACCUACGCCCUACUCGCUCCGCAGUCCGGGUGCCCUUUCAAUGUUGCGGCCGAGUGGACCACGGGCUACAAGAAGUUCCACACGGAGUCAGACCUGGCCAACCACAACAACGCAUCGUGGGGCGCCCACUUCAUGGCGCCCUUCCUAGCGAAAAACUACUCAGGCAACUUUUUGUAUCAGCAUUUCUGUGUGCUGACCGAUUCCCCCGGCCCAGCCUGGCCACAGGGAUCCUACUGCAUCAACCGGAAAGGCGGGAACUGCACGGCCGGGUUUCACUCCGGUGCGAUCAGAUAUGACGAGGAGGACCUGAACGGUGCGGGAAGAUCUGCUGGAGACCUGCCUGACGGCACCUACUCGACCAGCAUGACGACGCUUCACUACUGCUGUCGUUCGGACGGACUGCCGGAAACUAAAGUCGUGCUCCCGAAAGGCCGACCAUUUUACCUGUACAGGUACAACGGCACAUGCCAGGAGGUGGAAGGGAUGACCGUUGAAGCCGAGGAGAUGGUGGUCGACACGGAGAGCUCUUACAACAAGGACCUGUAUGAGAACGACUACCAUCCAGACGGACAGAUCAAUGACGUCGUACUACAGUUGUGUUACUACGUCAAGCUUUGAGAAGAGGCGAAAAGGGUUUGAAACAAGAUGAUGGAAGUAGAGUUUAUGUCCUUCUGUCACACUGCUAAGACAUUAUUUUUUAUGCCUGUUUGUAAUUAUUAACAUAUAUUAACUUUCUUUUUAGGAUUUAAAUCUAUUUGUAGGAAAAAUGCCUGUUUUGUUUUUGUUUGUUUGUUUUUUACUAUCUAACUUUACAAAAUCCAAUUUUUUCUUUGUGAGUGAAAUGUGAUGGGCAAAGAUGGAGAACAAAUCUGUCGUACUUCCUUGAACCAAGAGUCUUGCCUUGGAUUCUAUUUUUUAAAUAAACAAACGUUCAAGAAAUUAGAAUUGAACCUGAAAUCAUUUUUAGAUCUGGUCGUCAUAAAUAGCUUUAGAACAGUGGUUCGUAACCUUUCUAAUACCACGACCCUUUAAAACAUUUCCCAACCAUCAAAUUAUUUUCGUUGCUACUUCAUAAUUAUGUGUUUUCCUAUGGUCUUAGGCGACCCCUGUGUAAGGGUCGUUCGACCCCCCCCCCCCAAAGGGCUCAUGAACUUGAGAACUGCUGCUUUAGAAGUUGCCGUGCUUUUAUUCAGUAUGAUCUUUUUAUAAUCACUGCGUCUGGUUUAGCUAUUAACGACUCUCUUUGUAGAGCAGAAUGUCUCAUUGAGGCUUGUGGAAAACAGUGGCUAAUCUAGAUUCAUUGAUAAAUUCUAAUUAAGACAUAAACAAUAUUUGGUUGUUAAGCUUGUACAAUUCUAUUUAUUUAUGUUAAGAAAUUAAGAAAAGAGAUUGUGUAUACAAAUAUUUAUAUUUAAAAUAUUAAACAGUUAA